AUGUCUGACCAGACCCCCCGCAGGUCGUUCCUGAAAGGGGAUGGUAAGUUCAAACCCGAGCCUGAGCCAUCUCAGAUGGGCUGUUGGCAGACCAGGCUGCGAAACAAGGGCAAGGAGGAAGAGAAGAAGGACAUCAAGGACAAGAAGGAAGCCAAGAAAGAAGGGAAGAAAGAGAAAGGGUCGGAAUCAAAGAACUGA